AUGGAAUUAGCCUCCAAGCUUCACCACCUCGACCUCACCGGAGCAUUCAUUCUCGAUUCCCGACGCUUACCACGCACCCUAACUCACACUCAUCUCACCACCAACACUAAUUUAGUUUACCCCAAUCGAUUCUUCCCCUCCAAAAAACCUAAUUCCACUUCACGUUUAUCCGCCGUAGCCGCCGUCGACGACACUCCAGUAGCCGAAGACGACAUCGAGUCUCUAUUCUCAUCCAAACCUUCAGUUAAUGAAAGACGCGGAAACAAGCAAUCUAGUAGCGGCGCUUCAACCGUUUCAUCCGGUGUGAGACUAGAAAACAUCAGGAAAACGUAUAAGGGUGUUACGCUUUUGAAGGAAGUUAACUGGGAUGUGAAAAAGGGAGAGAAAGUUGGUUUGGUUGGUGUUAAUGGUGCGGGGAAGACGACGCAGAUGAGGAUUAUUGCUGGUCUUGAGGAACCGGAUUCCGGGAAUGUGAUGAAGGCGAAACCGAAUAUGAAAAUUGCGUUUUUGAGUCAGGAGUUUGAGGUGUCGCAGAGUAGGACUGUCAGGGAGGAGUUUAUGAGUGCUUUUAAAGAGGAAAUGGAGGUUGCUACGAAGCUGGAGAAAGUGCAGAAGGCGCUUGAGGGUUCUGGUAAUGAUUUGGAGUUGAUGGGGAGGCUUUUGGAUGAGUUUGAUUUGCUUCAGAGACAAGCGCAGUCUGUGAAUUUGGAUGUUGUUGAUUCCAAGAUAAGUAAAUUGAUGCCUGACCUUGGUUUUGCUGUAGAGGAUUCUGAUCGGUUGGUUGCUUCUUUUAGUGGUGGAUGGCAAAUGAGGAUGUGUCUAGGAAAGAUUUUACUUCAGGAACCAGAUUUGUUAUUGUUAGAUGAGCCUACAAAUCACCUUGAUCUUGACACCAUUGAGUGGCUUGAAGAAUAUCUUAACAUGCAGGAUGUGCCAAUGGUUAUCAUUUCCCAUGACAGGGCUUUUCUCGAUCAACUAUGUACAAAAAUUGUGGAAACUGACAUGGGUGUGUCCAGGACAUUUGAGGGAAAUUAUUCUCAGUAUAUACUUUCAAAGGCAACUUGGAUCGAAACACAGUAUGCUGCAUGGGAGAAGCAGCAGAAAGAAAUUGAACAGACAAGAGAGUUGAUAAGUAGGUUAGGUGCCGGAGCAAGUUCUGGCCGUGCUUCUUCCGCCGAGAAGAAAUUGGAAAGACUUCUGGGAGAGGAACUAGUACAGAAGCCAUUUGAACGGAAACAAAUGAAAAUCAGGUUCCCUGUUCGUGGAAACAGUGGAAGAUCUGUUGUAACAGUUAGGAACUUGGGUUUUGGCUUUGAGGAUAAAAUACUUUUCAACAAGGCAAAUCUUACAAUCGAAAGGGGAGAAAAAAUUGCUAUUCUUGGUCCAAAUGGAUGUGGCAAGAGUACUUUACUAAAAUUGAUUAUGGGUUUAGAGAAGCCAAUCAGCGGUGAAGUUAUACUUGGGGAGCAUAAUGUAUUGCCCAACUAUUUUGAGCAAAAUCAGGCUGAGGCACUUGAUCUGGAAAAGACAGUGCUUGAGACAGUAGAGGAAGCUGCAGAGGACUGGAGGAGUGAUGAUAUUAAAGGACUUCUUGGGCGUUGUAAUUUUAAAUCUGAUAUGCUUGACCGUAAAGUUUCUCUAUUGAGUGGUGGCGAGAAGGCACGGCUGGCUUUUUGCAAAUUCAUGGUAAAACCAUCAACUCUCCUUGUUUUGGAUGAACCGACCAAUCACUUGGAUAUACCUUCUAAAGAAAUGCUUGAGGAGGCAAUAAACGAGUACGAGGGAACUAUUAUCACCGUAUCUCAUGAUCGGUAUUUUAUUAAGCAGAUAGUUAAUAGAGUGAUUGAAGUUAAAGAUGGCAAUUUACAGGAUUAUGCUGGAGAUUAUAAUUAUUAUUUGGAGAAGAAUCUUGAUGCUAGGGAAAGAGAGCUUGAACGCCAGGCAGAGCUCGAGGACAAAGCUCCUAAAUUGAAAGCCAAAUCUAAGAUGUCCAAGGCUGAGAAAGAAGCAAGGAAGAAGCAAAAGAUGCAGGCUUUUCAGGCAGCAAAACAGAAGUCUAAAGGUGCAAAAAAUUCAAAGAGAUGGAAUUGA